GCAGCCUCCGGCAUCAUGGUCACCUUGAGCAUCCCACUCCACGCCGUGAGCUCAGUGCUCUGACGCGAUCCAAGCAACUCCUACAAGCGGUGACAGAACAAAACAUUAAACUUAAACAAUAAACAUAUCUAAUAACCAAAUCAUAUCACUAACAAAAUUAUAACAAAAAGAAAACUAUUUUAUAUCGAUUUUUCCAUACAAGUGUUUAAAAAAUGCGGACUCAGUGACGGGAAACAGUGUAGUGAUAUCGAAAUAUACCUCAAAACCAUAUGUGUCUUCAAAUGUAUGAAACCGGAUAGUAUGCCCGCCGGUGUGUAGCCGGUGCGUGCGCAUGGGCAGCCUACCGGACCUCACGGAGCGUUCGCGGCCGACUCCCGUACGUGCCGCCGUGCGAACCGUGUCCGACCCGCACCGGCACCGGACUAUUAUUACACCGAUUCCAGUGAGCACAAUAUACAAGAAAGAAUGGCCUUGGAAGAAGCAGAAAACUCCAAUCAGGGUGGCGGGGUCGUGCAUCGGACCUCGACGACGGGAUUCAGCUGCAUCUUCAGUAGGAGCAGCUUCUGUCCGCAGACUGCUUGCUCGACAACCACCGAAGCUGCCCAAACCACUCGUCAACCGGUUCACUCUCCUCUGCAUCUCCAGCGGUCUCUGUGCCACUGCCCUACUGCCUUUCACAGCGUUCGCUGGCGCCGAGGCAGGGGCCAUGCCUCUAUCAAUCAUGCACACAGCCGCAGCUGUAGUGGCUCCUUUCUCUCCCCUCAUCCUCCAAAAGACUGGCACGAGAUUAGUGAUUGCGAUAUCCCACACACUUGUAUGUGUGCUGCUAUCAGCUCACACAGUAGAAACACCACUUCCAGUUCUCCUUGCGUUGUACGGACUCUGUGGAGUAACGCUGUCACCAAUGUCCCUGGCAUUGUCAGCGUCAGCAACUUCCCUAGCACAAGCAGCUGGCGAUGAAGCCAGAAGAAAAGUGGCCCUUAGAAGAGCUUUGAGAGCGCUUAGAGCAGCUCAGGACUUAGGCCUUGUAUGCGGUUCUCUACUCCUAGGAUUUGCCCUAUUGAUAUGGUCUGAAGAGAUUUCUAAACCUUCCACUCCUGUACCAACUAAUAUAACUAUGCCGAGGUGGCCACCCCCUGAGGAAUACUUCUUAGAAGAUGAUUAUGAGGAGCGGACAUGCGGAUCUGCCGGUUGUCCAGACAUGCAGACCUUAUCAGGCACAGUGCUGGAUGCCUACGGCAGAAUGUUGCUGGUCGCUAUGUGGUCAUUCCUAGCUCUGUUGUCUGUCGGGAUGGGUGUGUACGGUGCGCCGUCAGCUCCUGCACCACCCCCCGACGCCCGCUCAGUCUUUGUAGAUCCGCGGGCAAUACUUGGAAUGCCCAUGGGACUAUUCAUAGGACUCCAACAGGGAUUUAUUUAUACGUCAUAUAUUAAGUGGUACGGAGUAUGCGUGGACGGAUGGUGGUGUGCAUGGCGAUCGCUUUGCGGGACGGGAGUCCUCCAGGCGCUGGCUGCUGGGACUCUGUCCAUGGCAGCAGCACGAGGCAGGCGCGGUGCGCUGGCAGCUGGUGGUGGCGCCGCCCAUGCGUCACUGGUGCUCGCGCUACUGAGAUGGAGGGCUGCUAAGACGGACUUAGCACUGCCUGCCUUGGCAGCCGCGGCCUGGGGUGCGUGUGCUGCUCUUUGGGAUGUACUGCAGGCCGGUAUCUGCAUCGGUGGACCAGGUUGGCGAGGCGCGUGGUCCAUAAUCUUGGCAGCGCGGCACUCAGGAAUGGCAAUGGCGUGCAUUGCACGUCAGAUGUUGUGUGUGCGCGCACAACUGGCUGGCUUGGCGACAGCCCUGCUAGCUGCACUGGUCACACAUACUAUGCUGGAGCUUAGGGGACACAAAUCGCCCGAGAUCCUAGCGAAGACCAACAGCGACGCAGCUGGCGGCUCUUGCACCGACGUCAGACGACGUCGAGGAGCCUGACGUCAGUGACGUCGCGUGCCACGUCAUCAGUUAACGUCGCUGGCGAAAUCUGAACUGAAAAUUUUAUCGUUGACCAGGCGUGAACGUUUCUUACAUCACUAGCGAAACAUGUAAAACGUCAACGGCGCUUGUGCGACGUAUACAACGUUUUUGAAUUUGCUGGAGUUACAUCUGUAACAUCUUUGAUAUCGCUGAUGUAACGUGUAUCUACAUUAUUUUUGACGACAUUGAAGUUGCGUCUACAACAAUUUCGACGUCAUUGGAGAACGUGUAAAACGAUUUCGACGUCGCUGGAGUAAUU